AAAAAGAUUCCAAGGACACUCUAACCGAGUGACCAACCACCUUCUUCCUAACUCACUCCCUACUUCAUUUCCUUUUCCUUCUAUAUGUAUCUUGUACCACUCAACUAAACCUUAUUCUUCUACCUCUCUAGUUUCUUGAUUUUUCUUUUAGUAAGUUUUAUCUAAGAUGCCUCCAGUGCAUUCUAGUCCAUACUAUCAAAUGGACAAUCCAGCAAUCCUAUCUUUGCUCCGCCAUACUACUACAGUUCAUCAUCAUGAGAAGCGUUCCAAGUCCACCGGAGGAGGUCUCUUAAAAAUGUUCAAGCUCUUUCCUAUGCUAACCUCAGGCUGCAAGAUGGUUGCACUAUUGGGUCGACCACGCAAACCUUUACUCAAGGACAAUGCUACAACCGGUACUAUUUUUGGUUUUCGUAAAGGCAGAGUUAGUUUAGCCAUACAAGAGGAUCCUCAUUGCUUGCCAAUGUUUGUGAUAGAGCUUCCUAUGCUUACAAGCGCACUUCAAAAAGAAAUGGCUUCUGAUAUUGUCAGAAUCGCUCUGGAGAGUGAAACCAAGACUCAUAAGAAGAAACUAUUGGAAGAGUACGUUUGGGCUGUGUAUUGUAAUGGAAGAAAAGUUGGAUACUCUAUUAGGAGGAAGACGAUGUCCGACGACGAGCUUCAUGUGAUGCAACUUCUUCGAGGUGUAUCAAUGGGUGCCGGUGUUCUUCCAAGCCCAAACGAGAAGGAAACAGCAGAUGGAGAAUUGACGUACAUGAGAGGAAGAUUUGAGAGGGUGGUUGGAUCCAAGGAUUCCGAAGCUUUGUAUAUGAUAAAUCCAGAUGGUGCACCAGGGCCAGAAUUGAGUAUUUUCUUUGUAAGAACUCAUUAGACUUCAUGUGUACCAUCCUAGGUUAUAUUGUGAAUUAAAAUUAAUUUGUCAAGAGUGGCAUUGAAAAAAAACAAAAACAAAAAAAAAAAAAAAAUUGCUCCAGCUUUUCAGUCCCAUUUUCUUUUUCAUAGCUAAUGGAUUGGAUAUAUAAUUUUAUAUAUUUCCUUACUAAACAUGUGAAAAGCAAAUAUCUCAAGAUCCCUUUGUCUAA